AUGGACACAGGCCAUGUACAGCCCAUCAGACUGGCUCGGGUCACCAAAGUUCUGGGCUGGACCGGUUCUCAGAGCCAGUGCGCCCAGGUGCGUGUGGAGUUCAUGGACGACACUAGCCGAUCCAUUAUCUGCAACGUGAAAGGCCCCGUGCGGGAGGGAGACGUGCUCACCCUGCUCGAGUCCGAACGAGAGGCCGGGAGGCUGCGGUGA